GGCCGCCGCGCGACCCCCGCGGCGCGCGCCCGCCCCCGCCCCCCGCCCCUUGACCCGGCCCGGCCCAACGCCCAGUGCGGCCGCCCGGGAGCGGCUGCGGCGGCGCGGGGGAGGCGGGCGAGGAGGGCCGGCCGCGGCCGCCCAGGCCCGGUCUGGAAGCCGCUUCGCCGCCCGAGUUGGGUCUUGUCCGGCCCGGUUUCUUGCUCGGUGUACUUUGUGCGGAUAAGUUUUGGAGAUUCGGUUCCCAGCCUCUGGGUGAAAUUCUGCUUUCAUUCAUGAACAAGGGAUUAUUCUUGAAAGAAGUCUUGUAAAAGAGAAUUCUUAACAAUGGCUUCAGCAGUGCUUAGUUCUGUUCCCACUACUGCUUCUCGUUUUGCCCUGUUGCAAGUGGAUAGUGGCAGUGGUUCUGAUUCUGAGCCUGGAAAAGGCAAAGGUCAGAAUACUGGAAAGUCUCAAACAAGCAAAUCAACUACAAAUGAGAAAAAGAGAGAGAAAAGGAGAAAAAAGAAAGAACAACAACAGAGUGAAGCAAAUGAGCUUAGGAAUCUUGCUUUUAAGAAAAUACCCCAGAAGUCCUCCCAUGCAAUUUGCAACACGCAACACGAACUUUCAUUGUCAAAUCCAGUACAGAAGGAUUCACGAGAAGAAAAUUGGCAAGAGUGGAGGCAAAGAGAUGAGCAGCUUACAUCCGAAAUGUUCGAAGCAGAUCUUGAGAAGGCAUUGUUGCUAAGUAAAUUAGAAUAUGAAGAACACAAGAAGGAGUAUGAACAUAUUGAAAAUGCUUCAACUCAGUCAAAGGUUAUGAAUAAAAAAGAUAAAAGAAAGAACCAUCAGGGAAAAGACAGACCUCUUACGGUAUCUCUAAAAGAUUUUCAAUCGGAAGAUCACAUUAGUAAAAAGACUGAGGACUUGAGUUCUUCCCAGACUUUAUCAUCUGAUGGAGGAUUCUUCAAUAGACUGGAAGAUGAUGUUCAUAAAAUACUUAUUAGAGAAAAAAGAAGAGAACAGCUUUCAGAAUAUAAUGGAACAGAUAAUUGUGCACCUCACGAACACAACCAGGAAGUAGUUCUGAAAGAUGGAAGAAUUGAAAGAUUAAAGUUAGAACUUGAAAGGAAAGAUGCUGAAAUCCAGAAGCUGAAAAAUGUGAUCACUCAAUGGGAGGCAAAAUAUAAAGAAGUAAAAGCAAGAAAUGCACAGUUACUGAAAAUGCUUCAAGAAGGUGAAAUGAAAGAUAAAGCAGAAAUACUUCUACAAGUUGAUGAAUCACAGAGUAUCAAAAAUGAGCUAACUAUACAGGUGUCCUCACUUCAUGCUGCAUUAGAACAAGAAAGAUCUAAAGUGAAAGUAUUACAAGCAGAGUUAGCCAAAUACCAGGGUGGCAGAAAAGGGAAAAGAAACUCUGAAUCUGACCAGUGUAGGUGAUUACAUUCGCCUGAAAAUUCUAAAUUUUCAGGGUUUUACAAAAAUGUAUAUAUAAAAUGCUGUGCAACUGCUAAACUAUGCAGUUUUUGUUGAAGAAAUUUAAAACAUUUGGCUCACUAACAGUCUAUAAUUUUAUGUUAUUUUGGCUUGAAGUGAAAAGAGAAAUAGAAUUCCAGCAGAACUAAAUGAUUAUUGUUUGCCGUCCAUACUUCUUAUCACUUUAGUUUUUCAUCAGUCAAUAAAAUUAAUUUACUCUU